AUGUCCACUCCAGAGGGGUGUGUCACAAUGCUGAAUCACUAAAUGAAAUUGAUAAACCAAGUCAUUAUUUUAAGCAAUCCAACCUUGUAAUUGACCCAAGACAAAAACAUCUGCUAUUAUACCCAAAACUCAAACCUUAGGCCGACUAGCAUGUCUAACUCCCAGAAUGCAACAUCAUCGACCCAAACGUUAUUGAUUAGACCGCAUGUCUCGUUCUGAGUCCACUGGGACCAAACAAAAUCAGCUUGCUUUGAAAUGUUGCUUUAUUUUGAUCCACCCUGGUCUUCCGUGAGGCCACCUGUGCUUCAUGAUAAUGCUGAGCACUUCCGUAUGUAGCCUAUUAGAUCUGAAAUGUCCAAGUGGUGUUUCAGCUGUUGUUCAGUGCUCCAUGUGGAAUUAAAGGAGUAGUCCACUCCAAAAUCAAAGUUUGUCACAUGCUUUUGUGCCACCCCAAAAGUGGUCAUAUUUUACGCCCUCUGUUCUUACACUACUUGACAGUCCACCACAUGUAGUAGUGAGUGCCGAUUGCGUAAUGUUCACAAAACUCCACCCUCCCUUUACAGGAAGAAGUCAUUCCUCUUCUCAGCCCUCUACGCUGCUUUCAUACUAGGUGGCCGCCAUGUGAUGAAACGAAGGGAGAAGUUUGAGCUGAGGAAACCGCUGGUGCUAUGGUCCCUCACUCUCGCAGUGUUCAGGUAAGAGGCAGCAGACUUUUACAACACUGGUCCAGUUGUUAUGGGCUUUGGGGUUUUGCUCGAUUUCAAUUUCGAGGUUGGUUCUGUUUGGGUGUGGCUUGCCCUGAUUUGAAUUGUCCUCGUUGGUCAGGAUGUGUUGCACCUGUCGCCUCAUUAGUCAGUCGUUAGUUUCACCUGUGCUUGCAGAGUGGCUGGCCGAGUGCUCCAGUUGGCGUGAGAGAUGUUGGAAGAACGACACCACCGUUUAGCUCUUCCUCUUUAAGUUGUGAAAUAAAGCCUUUUAUCUUUUGUCUCUCCCGUUUGGUUUGCUCCACGUUUAUUUGCAUCCCCUUACCUAAGUUGGUGUGGGUUUCCUUUUCCUUUAGUUUGUCUGAUAUCAGGCGAAUUUAGUGGACGUCCAUGGCGAGUGUUUCUUAAGACCCUACUUGAGUUGGCUUGGCGAGCACCAAGUCAGUAAACACCCCCGUGGAUGCCUUUCAGAACCCAUUUUAAACCCCCACCUGUUUCUUUCUGGUUGUCAGUGGCCCAUUUGUUAGUUCCCUAUUUCUGUUGAGCCAAUGCACAUGCUGUAAGCAUGUUGUAUAGCAUUAAAUAGCUAUAUAUAACUAUCAGGUCAAUUAUAAAGGUACAUUCCGGAUCGUUUUGAGUGAAGAACUCACUGAAUAGAAGUCAUCAUGCUGCCAGUUUUCACGUGUGUGCAUUGGCAGUAGUUGUGUAAACAACAAUGCUGUACAAACUUUGCUGUGGCAGGAGUGACUGUAUUCCAGGGUCCUUGGGCUUGACUUACUGUAUUCUACUAACUGUUUUCUCUGUCUGUCUCUCUCUUGUCCAGUAUAUUUGGUGCUGUCCGCACUGGGAGCUACAUGACAUACAUUCUGAUGACUAAAGGGCUCAAGCAGUCAGUGUGUGAUCAGAGCUUCUAUAACGGGCCGGUCAGCAAGUUCUGGGCCUACGCCUUUGUGCUCAGUAAGGCACCAGAAUUGGGUAAGAUUACCUCCUCCUCCUCCUCCUCCUCCUCCUUCUCCUACUACUACUACGACUACUACUACUACUGCUACUACUUCUACUACUACUACUACUACUACUACUACUACUACUACUACCUUUAUCUGUUUUACAUGUGAAUGCCUUUUUGUGUCCAUUGUGGUUAGAAGGUUUAUCACACUUUGUGGUAUUGGAUAUAUGAAAAUAUGUUCAUAAUAUACAUAUUUUUUUGGGGGGGUACAUCAAACAUACACAUACAUACAUACACAUACAUAUCCUUUAAAAAUAUAUAUAUUCCCCUUUAUUACUUUCCAACCCCGCCACCCUUGGAGUAAACUACUGAACAACAAUGCUUAGUCCUCUACUUCCAGCUUAAAUGAUGUGGUGGCUGAAAUUACCCACUCGAGGAGCGGCACACGGAUCUGUAGGCAUGAAGAUGCUGCCAUGUCAGACAUUUCACACACAGUAGCACAAGAAACAAAUUACGUCUUCGAUUAUCUUUUCUGUCCUCAAUGACCUCAGCGACAGGCGUGCCCUCUCACCCCAUCGGGUGCAAGUUUGGAUGACCUUUCGCUCGUCCCCAAAGUCUGUGUCUGGGAAUACACUUUCUUCCUGUGUAGCCCUUUUGUAUUUGCCCAGUCCUGCGGUCACUGGGGCUCCACACCCUGUCAGCUCCGAGUACGAGCCCAGAGCAGGAGCCCCCUCUCAGGGGCACAGGGAGGGGGAUAGAAGCCCCUACCCCUAACCUGGCUCUGGCUCUGGCUCUUUGGUUGGGUGGAGCCAAACCUGCUGGCCCGUGACCAACACAUUGAGGCCUGCAAAUGGAACAUUGCAGCCACUUAGCCGCAGCACUGCUCGCUGUCACAGAGGCAUAUGGGAGGCAGAGAGAGAGAGAGAGAGAGAGACACACACUGAUGCUGUACAAACACACGCUCUCUCACAGACACACACACACACACACACACACAGACAGACAGACAGGGGCACGGAGCUAACUCUGAACCCUCUGGUAGUUUUCCACUUUCAAGCAGUGGGUUCACCAAUUAGUCAGGUAUGGUGGGCUCCGUUUCACAGAGCAAAGCUGAAUUUUCUUUCGCCAAACCUUUAAAAAGAUACACCUUGGAGACUGCUCUGCUCACACACACUGUCUUAUCGCUUACACCAUUGAUUUGCCAAGAACAGGGUAUUAGUAGAUAACACUGAAAUAGCACUCAAUGCAAGGAAUAAGUGUUACCUGAAAUGUAUGACUUGCUAUGUGAAGGUCUGAACUUUUGUUCUUUUCAAUUUGUAACUUUGAAAUGUCAAUUUCCUCCCCCUUUUCUAACGCUUUCUUUCUCUCAAUGUCUCUGUCUCUCUCUUUUCAUUUACUUUCUCUGUCCUUCCAUCUGUCUUUCCAUCUCUCUCUCUCGCCACACCCACCAUGCAGGUGACACCUUGUUCAUCGUGCUGCGGAAGCAGAAGCUCAUCUUCCUCCACUGGUACCAUCACAUGACUGUUCUGCUGUACUCCUGGUAUUCUUACAAGGACAUGGUGGCUGGCGGCGGCUGGUUUAUGACCAUGAACUACCUGGUCCACGCCGUCAUGUACUCUUACUACGCCCUGAGGGCGGCCGGCUUCAAGGUCUCAAGGAAAUUCGCCAUGUUCAUCACGCUCACGCAGAUCACCCAGAUGCUGGUGGGCUGCGUGGUGAACUACCUGGUGUACUCGUGGAUGCAGCAGGGUCAGGAGUGCCCGUCACACGUGCAGAACAUUGUGUGGUCCUCGCUCAUGUACCUCAGCUACUUUGUGCUCUUCUGUCAGUUCUUCCACGAGGCCUACAUUGACAAGACCAAGAAGGCAGCCGCAGCUAAAGCAGAAGCUGCCGCCGCAGCCACCAGGAAGACCCAAUAG